CGCGCCCCCCCUCCCCCUCUCCUUAUGUAAAGGCUUCUAAAAUUUGUUGUAGUUGGCAGAUUUAUUGCUUUUGUAAUCACCUUUCCUAAGACCGAUUGUCGCAGAUCGUGAAAAAAUAGGAAUGUCCAUGCGACCAUCAAACCAAAAAGAAAGAGCGGUGACAGUUCAAAACUUACUUCGCAUCUUUCCCUCAAAGACAAAAUCCUACCAGACAAACCCAGUUUAAAUAGAGCUGUUCACUCCUGCUUCCAUGAUCCAUUCAAGAACAAAAGCUAUCGGUCAAAUUCAAGCAUACGUAAUCAAACUCAUAGAUGCUCAGCCGUUCCACACUCUUCGUUCUAGCAAAAGGAACGCCAAGCCUUCUUCAGAACGACCUCGCCGAGCUUAUCCCAAGCGUCGCAAGCCCAUUCCUUUCGUUUCCAAUGUUAAAGAAGUACAAGACCCAGUUGAAGCCCUAUCUCUCUUUGAUGAAUACCAUCAAAUGGGCUUCAAACACGACUACCCUUCGUACUCUGCUCUGCUCUACAAGCUCGCUCGGUGUCGCAACUUUGAAGCUGUUGAGGCGAUUCUUGGUCAUGUACAAGACAGAAACAUUCAUUGCAGAGAAACCCUUUUCAUUGUUUUGAUUCAGCAUUAUGCUAAAGCCCAUUCGGUAGAGAAAGCCAUUGAACUUUUUCACCAAAUUCCCUCUUUCAAUUGCGUGCGUACGCUGCAGUCCUUCAAUGCAUUCCUUAACGUCCUCAUUGAGAAUGAUCGGUUUUGUGAAGCAAAUGACAUCUUUGGGCGAUCAUAUAAGAUGGGUUUCCGUCUCAAUACGGUUUCCUUCAAUAUAAUGAUCAAGGGGUGGCUCGAGAAAGGUGAAUGGGAAGAGGCAUGCAAGGUGUUUGAAGAAAUGCUAGAGAAAAAGGUGCAGCCUAGUGUUGUGACCUAUAAUAGCCUAAUUGGGUUUUUAUGUCGAAAGGGUGAGUUGGAUAAAGCUAUGGGUCUGCUUGAAGACAUGAGACAGAAAGGGAAAUACCCAAAUGCUGUGACAUAUGCAUUAUUGAUGGAAGGUAUGUGCUCUGUGGGAAAGCACUCGGACGCCAAAAAGAUGAUGUUUGAUAUGGAGUAUCGAGGGUGUAAACCACAGCUUGUGAAUUUUGGUGUUUUGAUGACUGAUCUUGGAAAGAGAGGCAAAAUUGAUGAGGCAAAAUCAUUACUUAAUGAGAUGAAGAAAAGGCGGUUUAAGCGGGAUGUUGUGACCUAUAAUAUAUUGAUAAAUUAUUUGAGCAAGGAAGGUAGGGCAGCGGAGGCAUAUAAAUAUUUUAUUGAAAUGCAAAUUGGAGGUUGUGUACCAAAUGCAGCCACAUAUAGGAUAAUGGUUGAUGGGUUUUGCCGGGUUGAAGAUUUUGAGGGGGCUUUGAAAGUUUUUAAUGCAAUGUUGAUAAGUAGACAUUGUCCCCGUUUAGAAUCAUUUGAAUAUUUGGUUAUGGGUCUAAUGGUAUGUGGUAAACUUGAUGAUGCUUGUUUUGUCUUGGAUGAGAUGAGAAAGAGAGACAUGCAACUGGGUUUGGAAGGUUGGAAAAAUCUUGUUAUAAAAGCUUGUGGUGGGGGUAUUGUUGCAGGUGGUCUGGUGACUGAGUUGAUCUCUGUCCAUUGAGAAUUAAGGAAUGACCACGUGAUAUGCUUUUGUCCUUCUUUAGCUCUUACAGCAGCAUUGUACAUAAGGAGUAUCCUAAUCACCGUAGAAUUGAUGUUCAGGUUUAACAAGUGAUGAGUAUUUUUAGGCUGGAGUUUCUAAGCAACCUAUGACUGUUUUGUUCAGCAGAAACAAACAGCUAUGUCCAGAAGAGGAUAUCUUGGAGUUAUAUGGCUGUAGAACCAGGUGGGCGUCUUUCUCCCCAUAUAAUAGAGGGAGGUUUUCUCUCAACUGUAGGCAAGGGAGUAAGCGUAGGGUAACUACUCUCGUAGCAUGGCCUACUCUGUCUUAUUCUUCUAAAAAGGAAGCCAGCGGCUUUAUUCUCAAUCGGAAAUGCAUAUAAAAAGCUAAAGAUGAAAACAGUUUGAAUUAUUGAGUUGUUCAAUUUACAGAAUGGAAUGGAAAUAAGUAGAAGCCUGAAUGGGAAUUUUACGUUUGAGGUUGCUCCGGUCUCUGUUAUUCUGUUGUAAUGUUUUUUUGACUUCUGAGCAGAUAUUGAUGUCUGGCUUGAAGGGACCA